UUAUGCGUAGGAAACCAUUUCAAAACAUUUCCUGGAUCUUAUUUCGGCGUUGAGAAUACGAAAUAUAUUUAUUACUAACCCGUGUUCUAUCGCUGUGAAUAUCAAUGACGACAGAUGAUCACAUCCCCCCCCCCUGAACAUCACAGAGGCUAUCAGGCUAAUGGUAGCCGCUGUGAAGAGCGAGAGUAACCAAACCCCGAGGAUUUCAGAGUUGGAAUAGAAUGCUGCUCUAUCAAAAUGUAUUACAUUCAGCGGAUGAAAAGGUCCAAAACAAAUCUACAGCUAACUUUCAGCGCUGAUAUGACGCUGGGGUUUAAAUACGAUUUUUGAAACUGGCCGAGAACUGACACAAAAUACAGGUGCAAACUGAUCAGCUGGUUUGUUGAAAUGACUUGGUCAGCGCUGACGCUGUCUGAUGAUGGAUCAAACUACAUAGCCAAAUGCCAUUUUACUUUGCGUCGACUUGACGUUUGGAGCUGCAACACAUUGGGUCAGUUGUCUAGCAAGAAGUUCGGAUGAAAGUAAACAUCUGGUGCAAUGUUAAGCUACAUGGUGCGAAGCGUAAUGUACUAUUCGUGCUAAAGCGUAUGGGUCCUGCGUACUCAAGCUCCCGACUCCCACACAAAAAGGAUUCUCUGUGCUGCUCGGGGUGCAGUGCAGUCAGUAGCUGUCACAGCUCCACAUCUGGCUACUGGCUGUCUAGUUAACUAGCUAAUUAGCUAGCUAACUGUAUCAAAGUCUGUGGUCUCUCUGUUGGGUAGCUAGUGAAUUAGUUCCUGUAUCAUUCGAGAGAAAGAUUGCUUUGUGAAAUCACUUCGGUGGUUAUCGUGUUCCGAAGAAGAGGCCUGUAUUUUGGACAAUAUCUGAGAUCAAUCGAAACAUUUGAAGUGGUCCAGUGCUGUCUUCUAAAAGAAAACACUUAAGGAUUUUGCGUAAGGCACGUAUUUUUUUAAAGGCAGAGUUAGGGUGACAUUGCGGUCUCUUUAUAUCGAAUAUAACGUCGCCCGACAAAAAAGGGAAAGUGGGGCAUUGUCCAUCGUACGUAUUAACGCAGUGGGAUUUUUACGUCUGGUCCGCGUUUCCACCCACCCCUCCCGCGUUGACGGUGAUGGGUCGGAAGCGGUGUGUCGGUGCAGAUUGUUCCAAGAUGGCGGCUGGGUGCUGCGGGGUGAAGAAGCAGAAGCUGUCGGGAUCCCCCGGGUCGGGGGGUCCUGGCGGGGUGGGGGCGGGUAACGGGGUGGUAGGGACCGGACAUUGUGGCUCGGACCUGGGGAUUGGUUCCUCCUCGACUGUGGUGGCAGGGAACAUGAAUCGAGUGAACGGCCUGGGGGGUUCUGGGGGUAGUAGUAGUAGCACCAACGCAUUGUCCCCAGCCCCAGGAGGCUACAACUCAACUGGCAUCUCCCCGAAUCUUAGCCCGGGAUGUGGUUCGGGAAGUGGAGGCAGGAAGAUGGUUGUUUCAGCGGAGAUGUGCUGCUUCUGUUUCGACGUGCUUUAUUGCCACCUGUAUGGAUACCAACCUCCCCGAACACCCAGGUUUACAAACGAUCCCUACCCGCUGUUCGUCACAUGGAAAAUAGGCAGAGACAAGCGGUUGAGGGGAUGUAUAGGUACAUUUUCUGCCAUGAACCUGCACUCAGGACUCAGGGAGUACACCCUUACCAGUGCCCUUAAAGACAGCCGUUUUCCUCCCAUGACGAGGGACGAGCUGCCACGCCUCUUCUGCUCAGUGUCUCUGCUCACCAACUUCGAGGACGUCGGUGAUUACCUUGACUGGGAGGUGGGUGUUCAUGGCAUUAGGAUAGAGUUUUUCAAUGAAAAAGGAUCAAAGCGCACCGCCACCUAUCUACCAGAGGUCGCAAAAGAGCAAGGAUGGGACCACAUUCAGACCAUAGAUUCCUUACUACGAAAGGGAGGCUACAAAGCUCCCAUCACAAAUGACUUCAGGAAGACCAUUAAGUUGACCAGGUACCGUAGCGAGAAGAUGACGAUGAGCUAUGCGGAGUACAUCGCCCACCGCCAGCACCAUCACUAUCAGAACGGCAUCGGGCAUCCUCUACCACCAUACAACCAUUAUUCCUGACAGCGAGCCGCAUGACAAAUCACUGAACCUCUCUGCGGACCUUUUCCCAGGAGAGCCCGCCCCCUCCUGGUCUAGCUAUCUCUACUACUGUACCAUUUUAUGAUGAUAGUUUCCGUUGCCAUGCUGACGCUCUCACAGACGUUGACGUGGCAACGGGUGGCAAAAUAAGCAUACAUUGAUAAUGACGAGAAAAAACAAACCUUUUUUUCCCUUUUUAUCCUCCUAUUGAUUUAGUUUUUGCAGCAUAUAUAUUGAUAUCUAUAACCCCUUUCGUUCAUAUUUUUGACAAGUAAACGAAUACUAGAUUUUCUUGAACUUUGAUUAUUUUCAAAGAAUCCUAAUCAGGUUUUUGAUUCUGUGGAUGGAAGCAAGUCAUAUAUGGUGGACUAGUCUUGCAUAAUGGUAUAUGCUCAUAUUUUGUGUAGGCUUUUCUACAGUGUUCCCUUCUAUUAGGAAAAUGUGUUUUUCUGUUGAAUCCUUUCUUAGUAGCCUGAUUGACAUUGUGCGUAUCAUGUAGCAAGCCAUCAGCAGUUCUGGAAGGUUGCAUCAUUUCCUCAAUUUUGCGAUUCCUCUCAAAAAAGUAUUGACUGUUAAGGUAGGUUUGGCCUUUGUAAACCGUUGUAGUGAUGUAAUUGAGUAGAUGUUGAGACGUGUAUACCCAAGAUUUUACAUUGUGGGGUUGUGAUGCCACACAAACAAUAUUAGCUGGUCUUUAUUGCGUUACCCUACAAACCUGUUUGCUCUUCUGUGUGUGGUUAGCCGUUUGUUAAGUGCACAUCUGACAGGACAUUGAAACUGCCACAUUAAAUUAGGAAUAGGAUCAUGUCAAAAUAUUUCCCAUGAUGCUUGACAGAGCCUUUCAUUUCCACCGGAGUGUUCAUGGUGUUUUUGAUAAACACUUCUAGACUUCAUUUUUUAUUUUUAUUUUUUUAAUUGAACCUUUAUUUAACUUGGCAAGUCAGUUAAGAACAAAUUCUUAUUUACAAUGACGGCCUACACUGGCCAAUUGUGCGCUGCCCUAUGGGGACUCCCAAUCAUGGCCGGUUGUGAUAAAGCCUGGAUUUGAACCAGGGCGUAUAAUGAUGCCUCAAGCACUGAGAUGCAGUGGCUUAGACCGCUGCGCCACUCUGAAACUUGAAUUGAAUUUGUCCGGCUACAGUUGUUAUUUUCCCCCUCUCAUUAAAACUUGAGAAAUGUAUGGAGGAAGCCAUUUUAGCUUCAAAUUAGGUUCUGUUCUUUGUCAUUUUGAAUCGGGCGAGGAAUGAAUGUGAUGUACAGGGCUGGAGGAUGCGGUUGGGUGGGAGAGUUGACUGCAGAGUACAGAUAAAUAAUGAUCCAAGUCAUUGACCUCUGAGGAAAAGGCCUUCGUCCUGUUAUUCCAUGCCAGUUGGUUUGAGAGGAAAAACCAAUGAAUGAGAUUUGAGUCUAGUGAUGGGCACAUGCUAAAACUACUACAAGCCAUAUUCUCUUUUUAAUGCAUGCUUUGUAAGAGUGGUCGUCUUUUGCUGUUUGCUUUUCUCCCCUCUAAUAAGUAACUUCUCCAUGUUUACUUCCUCUACGAGUCAAAUUUAUUCUGGUGGCUUUGGUCCCAAAAGUUGUGUUUCCCCUCCGAUUGUGCUCUGUGCUUGGUCCCUGUUAGGAAUCUGGGCCUGUGAGACGUUAUCUGGCCUUCCUCUAGUUACUCUGUGGACAUGGGUUAGCAUCAAGGUUUGAACUCCUGUUUGUGGCCUCCUCACCUCCAAUGUUUACAUCCACAUAUGUUACAUGCUUGAUGACUGCCCGGUUGCCAUAGAUGUGCACUUUCAUGUGCUCUCGUCAAACGUUAGGAGCUGCUGUGGAGGCUACUGGACUGAGUAGCUAGCUAUAGCUAAACCCCUGACUCUGAUCGUCGUCGGUUAAGUUGUUCAAAUCACCCCUCCGUUAUUUCCUCUUCAUGACAUGCUGCUGUUGAGGUGCUUGCUGGUUUCAGGACAAGUUGCUCCCCAUCUCUGUGCCACAAGAAACCAUGCAUAGGCUGUUGGUCUGUCUUGUCAGCUGGUUUGCAGCAGCUUCUGGCUGAGCUGGUGGGAACCGAUGCAGAGGGAACUAGUAAAGGGUGGAUCAAGCUGCAUUUAAUCAAACUCUACAUAAAGAGCCAGGGAAGACAUUUCCCCUCCCCCUCCUAGUAUUCUUCAUUGUCAGUCACAUCCACGUCCAGUAGUUGGUAUGUUUUAACAAGUGUCGUUGAGGGUUAUCUCGUGACCUCUGUGUAGUGUACAGGAUUUGAUUUUUUUUUUUUUUUGUGGUGACUGACAGUUUUGAAGGGUGCUUGUAAAAAAAUAACAAAAUAAACGUAUUUUCGUAACAGCCUUUACCAACUGACAGUAGGGUAAAUCAUUUUAUUUAUUAUUUAAUUUUUAUAUGCAAAAUGUUAAGGGCUUUUGGCACUCCAUCCACAGUAACCUGAAAUGACCCAGAUUUCAAUUGUGUUGCCUUAAGGAAUGAUUAAAUAAAUAUGGACCGGUGAAAUGGUGCCCUGAGUGUUCCUCUGUCCCGUACUGUUGUCUAACCCUGACCUCAACCUACAGGGCAGUGAAGGUGAACCGGAUUCACCCAUUCACCCUUGGAUAGACACAUUAUCGUAGUGGGAGGCAGAUGGGAACCUUUUGUGGUCAGACAGGCUACUUCAUUAAUAUAGCCUAGUGUAGAAGUGGUUCAGAUGAGCUCAUCUCACCUGUUUACUGUGGUUCCCUGCUCAGAGAUUGGAUGGCCUUUCCAUCAUAUCCUCUUGGGGUCAGGGAACUGAUGCAUCAGACCAUGCUGCUUAGUAAUAUUGACAGGACAAAUUGGCCUACUUAAAGAGAGAUUUUGCCCUUUGUAGUUUGUCACAAAAACAGUUUUCAGAGAACUGUGGGAAAAGCUAUCCUUGCUGCUGAACAGUCAGGUACCCAUUUUCUGGUCCAUUAAAUACAGCACAACCUGAACUUUUUCUGGUCAUGCUGCAAAACCAAGUCCACGCUGUCUUUUACAUGCUUGCUGAUUUAUAUGUAUACACAAAUGCAAUCCACUCUGUUGCAUGUGUGUAUGUGUAUAAAACAUGCAGAAUGGUUAAAUCCAUGACAUGCUUGAUCUACGGUGUAGAGACUCAUAACUCGUUAAAAAAAAUAGAAAAUAAAUAAAAUGGUGCUAUUGGACCUCGUGUUGGGGCGGUCGCGGGUUUCGUGACUGGUCAUGCGGACUCAUCGAUCAUAUCCAACUUAUUAUCCUUGAUAUAUGCAGAUCUGUUCAACAGGUGUUUUUUCCCUACCAGUGUAAGUCAACACCCUGCAGGUUUGAAAGGACAAGAAGUCCCAACUAACCCCCCUCCUCCCUUCUCUACCCCCAACUCCCCGCCCCUGCCUCAUGGCCUUGGGGUUGAAGGUGAUAUCUGGUUCAGUAGAUGGUGUCAUCAGAAGGGAACAUUCUCUCCUGCGCUGGGACAGUAAAGAGUGGGAGUGAACAGGGCUGUCACCCCCGACACUCCAUCGUAGGCCCUUUCCUUGCCCAGCCCACGACUGGAUGUUCCAAUAACACUUCAUGUUUUACCUCUGUGUUAAAUCGUUGUUACAGCUGUCCUGUACCCUAUACUCAUCCAUGGGGUUGAUUAACAGCUUAAAGGAAAGGUUCUGACUGAAGGCUCUCUCAACUCUGGCUCUUACCAACUGCCUCAAAGGAAGUCCAGCGUUUUUAGCCUUCUUAAAUAUUGUCAUGCAUGUACAGUAAGUCUCUGUAACAGUGGUUUCUUUAAGCCAAAGGCCAUGUUGCGACUUGGCUGGACAUGAGGGUGGGUUUAACUGGCAGGUUUAGUGACAGCCGGACGAGUGCUGACGUCAUCAGGAUGCUCACAUAAUUAUUGUAUAAUGUUUGACUGAGACCAUUUGUUGUCAUUAAUGUAUAUCAGAGGAGCCUGGUGGGAGGAGCUAUUGGAAUAUGGGCUCAUUGCAAUAAAUGUAAUGCUAUCAAACAGAAAACACGUUUGACAAUGUGCCCGUCCUCCUAUAGCUCCUCCCACCAGCCUCCUCUGAAGUAUGUUACUUUCACAUGGAAAUGACUGAAAGUUAUUUUUUUCUUCUUUUUUUUUAACCUCAAGUCAGUAUUCAUGAAUACCAGUCAAAUGUGAUUCUGACUGCUCAUUUGCAGCACACCUCUGCCCAUUGUUCAUACUGACACAACUAGGAUAAUGUUAAAGACAAUGUCAUUUGGUUCCAUACCAGGGUUAUGGUUUAGUCCCAGCAUUCCUUGUAUGUGUAUGCAUAUAUCUUUGUUGAAUGCUUAAGCUCAUAUAACCUUUUGUAUGUUCGACCGAACCAAAGAUGCCUCUGGCCACGUCCACAUGCUGCUCUUCAGGCCUGGCUUCCUGUCCUUCCAAAAAACACCCCAAGAGACAAUGACUUCUCUUUUCCCGUCUUUUUCUUUUUUUUUGUACGAUUUCUAACUUUCUUUCUUUAGCAACUGCUUAUUCAAUGACUUUUUUUAUUCUGUUUGGAGCCUGACCAGGCAUCAAGGAUAGUGAAAUUACCUGGUUGCACAGUUUAUUUUGUUAGAUUAUUUUCAUUAUAAUUUGUGCAACAAAAAAUAAAACCCCAUAGCGUGCCUCCUAGAUUUAUGGGUUUCUAUGUGUUUUUUUCCUAAAGACCAGCAGUUAUACUUCAUAUAUAAAAGAUGAGUUUCUCUUUUUUUAUGCCAUUAAAGAUGAAAAAGCCUCUUUUCUUUACUCUGGACCCAGUAGCUGCACUGGAAUACAAUCGCACUGAUCUACAAAUGAAUAAAACUUUUAUAAGAAAAUGUACUUUAAGAAAAAAAAACUUUUUUGUACAUCAAUUAUUUUCAAAAAAAAUAUUUUGGAUCUAGUUUCUAAAUUAAUUGUGGUUUUCUAUGUUCAGAAAAUUUCAGACACCAAGUUGAGACAUGUUGCUGUGCAGAGUGACAGUCUCUGUUGUGGUGGCAUGACAGGAUGUGGGGUUGCCUGGCGUAACCCCUCACAACCACCUUUUAUUCUACUUUUAAUUUUUGGUUCACUUUCUCAACUUUAGUAACUUGAAAAUGUUGAUGGAAUAAUAUGAACUGGGAAAUAAACGACUUACCUUUA